UGUGUGUGUGUGUGUGUGUGUGUGUGUGUGACUAACUCUAUAACUGAGGUAUUAUUAAUCAGCCUUAAUCAGUAACUCUGCAAUGCUGAUGGGCAUUAACGAGCACGUUAUUUAAGGCACAUAAUGAGGGAACGAUGUGCCACGUAUAACCACGCGUUUCGCUUUAUCGCCGUAUCGAUCGAUUUUAGCGCCUGAACAAUGUACAUACAUACCGCGUUCGUUCUAUCGAUUAUUUCGUGCUUGACCCCAGGUCCAGUCUACGCGAUAACGUUAGUCGAACGUGUCAACUCUACUGUCCAACACCCUUUAAAAUUGCUACGUUUUGCGUGAUUUGUAAAAGAAGAUUGAACCAAGUGAUCGUUUUUUUAAGGACGACGUUCGAUGAAACGUUCUUGUGUACGAUAUAUAUCGCGACAUUACAUCGCAAUGUUACGUUAACAAGUAAAAAAGCACGUCGUGGCGAGAGAGAGUCUAACUCGUGUGUCCUGAAUAAUGUCCAAUACGUUGAAUCGUGAAUUAUUUUAGACUACCACGCGCGACAUCGAUCUGUUGUCGCCACAUCCGCCACACAGCUUGCCCAACACACGUGGAACGCUGGGACGGUUUUUGUUACGGAAACACGACGAGCAGUCGUCGAUAGAGCGAUAAAUUUUAAAUCAUCUUGCAUGCUACGGCAGGGAAAAGUGUGCGAAUGUCGCGGAGUAGAUAUGGCACGAGUCUUUCAUGACUGUAGAAACGACUUGGAACUUGAAAACGAUAGCAACGAUAACGCCGGCACAGCCAUAUCAGAGUAUUGUCUGGGUCGCAGCUGUACGUUGCAGCGUCCCUCAUCCGUGGUACAACGGCGACCACCACGUCACCUCUUGGAAGCCUGGUACUUUUGGCUAGGCAUUGCCUUACUCGUUGUUUCUGUCAUUUUUUCGGUGAGCAUAUAUUUGGGUAUUCUAUUCGGUGGACGUAACGCACUUGUCAACGAUAAUAGACGAAACGAUCGGGAAUUGAAUCAGCCAAGAGCCAAUCAAAACCAGAUAUCUAUAAGUAUAAUUCCCUCGACGUUUUCGUCGCAGAGAAAGAUGCUGGUACGCGGUGCGCAGCCGAGCUUCACACACAUGAGUAAGAAGAGCAACGUCUUUUUCGUUUACGUUCAUCGCUAGUUUAUAAUUAAUCUGCAUGUCAUAUAUAUAUAUAUAUAUAUAUAUAUAUAUCUGAAAAGACUAAUCUAAUAUCUGGUCAGUUGACCCUGGGCAAAGCUUAAAUUAAGGGUAAAUCUAAUAAACAAAAUCAACAAGCUGAGUAAGCCACUAAAUAUAAUCAUAUCCAAGUACAAUAUAUGCCUUGCAUAAUUAGUCGAUCGGUCAUCUAUUCGCCCUGCUAAGGUCAUCUUCUUUUACGGAUCGAUGGAAAUUAUAUAUAUAUAAUUAUAUAUAUAUAUAUAUAGUACGCGUGACACCGAUCUCUCGCGCAUUUCUACGCGCUAAUAAAACGUGGAAAAUAUUGAUUUAUAUUUCAGCACCAGUCGUUGCGUAAUAACAAAACGUCGCUUUGCCGAUUCGUCGCUGCUCGCUGCUCGUCGCUCGUCGCAAGAUCGAGACUCGAGACCGAAGAGACGUGACGUUCGAACGCUCCAAACUUGUCACGGCACGCAGCACGUGUCCUCUUCUCGUUUACCGGCGAAACGCGUAGUCGUGCCUAUCGCCCUUCACUUUGCGCUUAUAUUGCUAUGUAUUAUAAUAACUGCUAGUAGAUAUAUAGUUUGAACGUACAACGAACACAACUUCCGAUAGAUGCGAGAAGGACGUUUAUCUUUCGAAAGAUGAAUCUUUGAUAUAUAUAAUUAUAAUUCACGUAAUAUCAACUUUGAGAGAGAUUUAGAGUUAUCAAGGACAUGGAGUUGAUCGAACAACAGUUAAUCUUAAAAGAUUAUAAACACUUACAGUAUUUCAAUGUUAAUGCAAAUGUAAUUAAACGAUCGAUAUAUCUAUUCUUUCGAGUAACGUUUCACCUGGGUCAUGGUGCGGCAUUGCGACACGCGACACGCGACACGGCGAUAAUCAGGAUAACGACGCAGCCACGCUCUUUAAUUCUCGCGCGUCGACGGGCACAAUAUAAGGCACAAGUCUCGUCGAUGAGACUAACAAUACGUGAGGAAUGAGGAGGAUGCUCGUGUCUCCGGCAUCUAAACAACAAUGGAAAUGGAGAGAGGGUGCAGAAGCUAAUUAAAAACGGUCACGCCGCGCCGGCGAUGAGGUAUCCUUCGCCUCCCUCGCGAUUCGCGAGUACGAACGCGCGCGUGCGCGCGCGAAUGGACCUCUGCUCUUCAACUUUCACGUUUCUUCGUUUUUUUUUUUCCAAAUAAAAUAAAGAUAUCCGUUUGUACUCGAACGAUAUAAGAAACAUACAAGUAAGUAUGUCAUUUCUAAAGCGAUCGGGAAUGUAAAUCGAUGUGUAUAAUAAAUAAAUGAAAUAUGAGAUCGUU